UGGGCCCUGCCGAGCAACGUCUGAUCCCACUGGUGGAAUCGUCGAUGGCGGCAUCUACAUGGGCGGGACAUGAUGUGCAAAGGACGAUGGUUUAUUUCCUGGGCCACUCUUAUUUCCACCGGGCCGCGCAGAGAGCUGAUUGCCGGCCGGGUGGGAGAUCGUUGGGAUGCGGCAAUGUUGAGCCUCACUGGAGGGGGAUCCCAGGUAUGCGGUGGACACGGGUCCUUACUGAAGUGGUGGACAUUGCUAGAACCGUCCGUUCUGGUGUAAUUUUGGUGGUACACGCGGGUGGGAAUGAUCUCUGUUAUUCCCGGGUUCCCGAUUUGAUUACUUUAAUGAAAGCCGAUGUUGAACGGUUUUCUGGUUUUUUCCCUGAUUUAGUUUUAGUAUGGUCCGAGAUAGUGCCUAGAGUAUCCUGGCAGGGUGCUCGCAAUGCUGAGGCCAUCGAGCGUUCACGGCGUUUGGUGAAUUCUCGUAUGGCCCGGUUUGUGCGACAGAAGGGUGGAGUGGUGGUCCGUCAUCGUGAGCUUGAAGGUGAUAACAGACGGUUUAUGAUCUCUGAUGGGGUUCACUUGAAUGAUAUAGGUUUGGACAUCUUUUUGUCGGGCUUACAAGAUGGUUUGGAGCAGGCCUUGUUUUUGCUUGGUGGGGGUCGGAGCACCGUGUAGGAGUACACGGGCUCCUCGGUGGCCUGAGGAGAGGAGAAUUGAGAAGUGAUGGCCCUAGGCACUUUUGCCCGCCGGGAGUCCGGCGGCUGGCAAUACCGCUUCGGCUGAAGUAGGUAGGUUGCUGCAGUGCAGCAGUUAUAGAGUUAAUAUUCUGUUAUUUAAUAAAUUGAGCUGUGACCACCACCCAGCCCAGUAAAAAAAGAAUAAUGUUGUCUGUCAUUAUUGGGAGAGGUGGGGGGAGGGCAUAUGAUGUGGUAGGCGUAAGUGUGCCGGGCAGUCUGUAGGUUACCUGCCCGUUUAGGGAUAGGUGGCCCUGACUGCACGGGACGGUAGGGGUUAACUCAGAGCCCAGGAUAGUUUUCCCUCCCCCCUGCUUUCCCGGGUUAGUAGGAGGGGAAUUAAGGCACGCCCAGGAUAUAUUUAGGUCUACCCCACCCCCUGGUUAGUCCUUUUCGUACUCACCAGCGCUCCUGAGAAGUCAGCUUCCCUCCCUCCCUCCCUGUUUUACGUUUGUUGUUGUCAUUUUGUAUUCUUCUUGGCUGUG